AGUAGUGCACUGAGCCGAGCAGAGGGAAGAACGCGUCGCGCAGCAUCAGUCCUCGAGACGUGCCGCGCAGGAGGAGGAAAAAGACGGCUCAUCCCGGAUUGGAGGAGUAUGCGCGGGUCAUCCCUUUGGCUCGGGAACUGACGACCCCGUCAUGCACUCAGCCGGGGACAAGUAACUCACCAGCAUGAGUCACCACCGGGGUGAUUCAGUGGCUCGGUGGGGCAAAGUUCGCUAAGCUCGCCCACCAGGGUGUCGCCCGCCUGGGACUAACUAACUAAGAGAGGCUGGAUCCCGAGAGGUUGGAUCCCAAGAGCCUGUCCAGGAUGACCAGGGGGGGUGUCCCUGCUGCGUGACGCUCCGGGCUCCGGCCCCCGUCAUGCGUGUCCCCCGCCAGCCCGGCGCCCACUCCCUGCGGCUCCUGUCCCUCUUGGUUUUCGUGAUGGGGGCGGCCCCCUCACCGGCUCUGACAGCCGGCUGCCCUGACAGGUGUGUGUGCGACGACCAGCUGGUGGUCCAGUGCGCCGGGCGGGAGCUGACCCGGUUCCCCGCCGAUCUUCCCCUGGCCACUCGGCAGCUCAUCAUUUCCAACAACCGAAUAGGGGACCUCCCGGCAUUGCAGCUCAACUACCUGUCCGACCUGGUCUACCUGGACUGCAGUAACAACUCCCUCACGGAGAUCUCCGAGUCCACCUUCGGGAACCUGCGUAAGCUGGCCUAUCUGGACCUGUCCUUCAACGCCCUGCUGCAGAUCGAUGAGCGGACUUUCGGGCCUCUGGCGUCCCUGGUCAUGCUGCGGUUGACGGACAACCCGGGUCUCGGGGAGAUCCACUCCGAUGCCUUCGCCGAGAAUCUGGCUCUACAGGUCCUGGACGUGAGCCGGAACAACCUGACAGCCCUUAACAUCAGCGGUCUGAUCGGCCUGCCGGCCCUCAGGUCUCUGGGACUCAGCGGGAACCCGUGGAGGUGUGACUGCGACACAGAAGACCUCUGCCUUUGGGUCCAGAUCGAGAGCUUCAAGUUCCAAGACGAGGGCCAGACGGUGUGCCACAACCCGGCCGAGCUUGCGGGCCGGCAUCUGGCCGAGGUGGGAAUGCAGCUGCGGGCGGACUGCCACCAGGGCCUGGGCUACUGGGACUACCUCUUCUUCGUGGCUAUCGGCUUCGUCAUCUUCUCGGCUGGCACCGUGUCGGCGUGGGUGAUGGGCGUGCUCAUGGUGCUGCACGAGCGCUACAGCAAACGCAAGAGCGAGGAGCUGGACAGCGACGACGAGGACGCCAGGGGGGGCGGCGGGGGCAAGCAGGGAAACGGAGACGUGAGCAAGCCUGGCGUGCAGGUCUGAUGUCGCCGAUGACUCUGAGACCAAAGACUGCAUCCGUGGAUCUCGUUCUCUUGGGCUGUGUUCGGAAUCACUCCCUAACCACUGUACAGCGCCCUAUAUAGUGAGGUCACCAUUUUGUAGUGCUGUUCGAAUGUGGAGUGAGUAUGGGUUUUCCCCUAACGUAUCCCACAAUGCAGCUUGAAAAGUAGUGAACAACCGUUGGUCGCUAGAAAAGUAAGAGCGAACUAUUCGAAGGGGGGAUGGGGACAGCGACCGAGCUCUGCCACGAACAACGAAUAUUUGCGAGUAAUUGACACCCCCCCCCCCAAAAAAAGGUUUAUAAUUACCUACAUAUGCUAUAAGAUGGUGGCAACGCACUACUAAUAAAGCUCCUCAACUAACUUCAACAGAGUUCCUUGGCACCAGGAGGCCAGAAGAUGGCACCAAACCAAUACGUUUAACUUGGGCAAAGCUUUGGUCCAGGCACAAAAUCAUGAAUCAUGACUAAGUGAUGUUUUUAGCAAAUAAUGGAGGUUAGGUCGUCCCCCCCCCCACCCCCAAAAAAAAAAAAAAAGAAUCUGUGACUAUGACGUAAUUAGGGAGUAGGGAGCAAGUGAAUGUUUCCGAACACAGCCUUUGUUAUUGUCAAUAUACUGUAUUCCUUAACACAAGGACGGAAUGUGUGUUUUAGGUGUGAAUACAAAGUGUGUGUGUGUGUGUGUUUGCGUGCGUGUGUGUGUGCGUGUGUGUGUGUGUGUAAACCAGAAGAUCAACUGUAUGCAUUCACCUUGUGAAAAGGGAAGAUUAUUGAGAGCAAUAACCCCCUGCACAUGCGCAUUUACCAGUCGCCUGGGAAUCUAGUAGGAUUUUCUACCCCAAAAAUUGCUAACACUUUAUAAUUAUUCAAUUUAACUGUCUAAUGUCUUGUAUUGUAUUUUAAUUAAGUAAUUAUUAUUAUUGUAAAAUGACAUUUUAAUUUGUUUUAGUUACUUAAAAAAGAGGCACUUUGUUUAUUUUCUUGUAUUGCAAUAUUUAUUUUUUUCAAAAAAAUCUUUGUUUUAUUAUCUUUUAUUUUCUUUAUCAUCUUUUCUUUUUGUUUGUUAUUUUAACUGCAAUUCAAAUUUUACUUUGUUCAUUAGUACCGAAAGACACUUUUUGACACCUUUGAUUUUAUCAAAAUAAUUGGUACUGCGCACUUCACAUGUUCCUUUAAAAUUUUUAAAUUUUUAAAAUUAUUAUUGGAUUGGAUUUGUUUUCAUUUUUUAUUUUACGGUUUCCAUUUCAUUCCAUCUAAUUGAAUGUAAUUUUAUGUCCUGCCCCAAAUACCGACAGACACGAGUAAUUGAUACCCCCUUAAAAAUGCCUAUAUUAAUAGUUUAAACCAUAAAUAUACCACCGUCUACGAUCCCAAAACAUUUUCAUGUCAAACUCAUGUUAAAACAUUACCCUUAAAGAUAAAAGGUUGCAGAUUAUUUCAUGGUGAAGGCUCGCUGUAAAUUCCUCUAACAACCCAGGCUAAAUUUUACUCCUCCCGACAUAGAACGAUUGUCUCUCUGUCGAGAUGUACUACUUCAACAUACUUCCUUGACACCAAUUCCUAUUUAGACAGGGAUUUGGCCGAUAGAUAGAUUUUUCAGCGAAUAGCUGGGGAUAGGUUCUACAGGAAAAAAACAACAACAGUUAAAUUCAUGAAUAUUGAAUAACAAAUAUGCGAGGGAUUAUUAAAAAUAAUGCUUACAUUUUUUUGUACGAUAUCCUACUGAAUUCUCAUGAGAACACACAGAGCUUUUUUUGUUACUGGACUUAUCUCUUGGCAACUCGUGAUGCUAAGAAUUUUGAAUGAAACACACACACACCACACAAACAUGCACACACACACAAGCAUUUGGGAUAUCAAGGAUAUAAAAUAAAUACUUUAAAUACCAUAUCCUUGAUAUCCAACUACAUGUUACUAGUGGAGAAAAACUGCACUAGUUGACACUGCUCGCUAUUUAUAUUACUCGUGAUAUUAUAAAAUUGUACGAGUUAACAUCUAGCACUUCAUUAGUUGUACUUCAGGUUCCCUUAAGUCAUAUAUGUCAAACUCAGGCCCGGGGGCCAAAUUUGGCCCACGAUGUAAUUAUAUUUGGCCCGCAAGACUACAUCAAAUGUGUAUUAGAGCUGGCCCGCCACUAUAUAGCACAUGCGCCAUUAAAAUUACAAAUCCCAGAAUGCUUUGCUAGUGUGUUGGCCCAUCAGUCUAGACCGGUGAGCGCCCCUUGCCUUUUUGUUGCUGUCGUUAGCAACUAUGCUACCGGUCUCCUCGGGCAAAUUUACACUUCCCCUUCCCAAAAAUGGCCAAAAGAAAGAUGGAAAACUGUUAACUUCCAGGACAGGUGGGAGGCAGAUUAUCUGUUCACUAAAGUAAAAGACAGACAGUAAAAGACAUUCUUAUUUGUUUGGGUUGUUUUGUUGUUGGCCUUUGAAAACAGAUUUACAUCCAAAAGAGAGGUAGUUGGGAGAUAAAUAGAAGAUAGAGAGACAGAAGAAUUCAUGUUAUCUAUUUAAAUAGCAAACAACGAACAAAUACCACUGAUGUCUUUUAUCGCAAAUUUGAUUUCUCAUGUGUUUAUAUAUUAAAGUUUGUUUAUUCCAGAUUCAGUGUUUCAGCAAAAUUUAAGUUUGUUGUCAUAUGAUAAACUUUAACGCUAAAUUUCUGCUGAGAAGGGAAAGAUGCGCAUCGCAGUGAUGUUUCAUUAAAUAUUGAAUUUGGCUCGCGA